CAGAGGAGGGGGAGAAGGAAGGAAGAUUUGGAGGAAAGGCAGCAGGCAGAUGCAGGCAGAGUAGGGAACACAGCCAAAGAGAGAGGGGAAGGAGUGAGCGUAAAGUGGAUCUGGAACAAUAGAAAGAAAGGGAGUCAGAAACGAGCACAGGACGGACUGGACAUUCUCCUGCAGACUUAUAGGAAUGGAGAGGAGGGCAGAGGGCUAGUAGUGAUUGCUGGCAGCACAUGAGCAGCAGAGCAUGCAGCCAGCAGCAGCCUCCUCCAGCAGUACUAUGCGCCCCAUCACCCCGCACAGCCACAGCAGCGCACUGGGAGAACAGUAGUUUGGAGGAUCACGCACACUACAACUAGAAGACUUCUCUGUAAGGAUCGGAGGAGGGAGCGAGGGAACAAUAGCAAAGCACAUCGGAUUAUUAUUAUUAUUACUUGCUGGUAAGCAUCCCACUGACUUCUGCUCAGGUGAUCAUGUUGCGUUGGGCUUGUAUCUGCUACUGCCUCUCUCUGGUCCAUGGUUGGACAACUUUCCAGCAGCAGCAGCAGGUCCCAGCUUACAGGAGCUCGCCCUCACACGUCUUCCAGGUAGCAGAGGACAGCGGUGCACAGCAGGCAGACAGCACAGAAAAGAAAGUGGAAAAGCUGGGUCAGUACUUCAAAAAGAACAUAAGGAGGCUGAGGGAGAAGAGCCAGAACUUGGACCUAGUCUUCUUGGUGGAUGAGUCCUCCAGUGUAGGCCACGCCAACUUUGUCAAUGAGCUGAGGUUUGUGAAAAAGCUUCUGUCUGAUUUCCCAGUGGUGCCUUCUGCAACCAGAGUGGCCAUUGUCACCUUCUCCUCCAAAAACAACGUGCAGAGCAGAGUGGAUUAUAUCUCCUCCAGCCAGUCCCACCAGCACAAGUGCUCCCUGCUGAACAGAGAAAUCCCAGCCAUCACCUAUAAGGGAGGGGGCACCUACACCAAGGGAGCCUUUCAGCAAGCAGAGCAAAUACUCAAACACUCACGUGGUGAUUCCACAAAGGUAAUCUUUCUCAUUACGGAUGGCUAUUCAAACGGUGGUGACCCAAGACCUGUUGCAGCGAGUCUACGAGACCUUGGAGUGGAGAUCUUUACAGUUGGAAUAUGGCAGGGAAACAUCCGAGAGCUGCACGACAUGGCAUCACAGCCAAAGGAAGAGCACUGCUAUCUGCUACAUAGCUUUGCAGAGUUUGAGGCGCUAGCACGGCGUGCACUACAUGAAGAUCUACCCUCUGGUAGUUACAUUCAAGAGGACAUUUCUCAUUGCGCUUAUCUUUGUGAGGCCGGAAAAGACUGCUGUGAUGUUAUGGCAAGCUGCAAGUGUGGUACUCACACUGGCCAAUAUGAAUGCAUCUGUGAGAAAGGAUACUAUGGGAAAGGGCUGCAGUAUGAAUGUACAGCUUGUCCAUCUGGAACAUACAAGCCGGAGGGUUCCCCAGGUGGAGUGAGCACUUGUAUCUCAUGUCCUGAUCCAAACCAGACCUCACCACCAGGCAGCACAUCAGUGGAGGACUGUGUAUGUAAAGAGGGAUUUGAAGAAGAUAACCAGAUCUGCAAAGUUGUACGCUGCCCUGAGCUGCAGCCCCCAGAGAAUGGCCAUUUCAUCCAGAACAUCUGCAACAAUCACUUUGAUGCAGCCUGUGGAAUCCGAUGCAAGACAGGGUUUGAAUUAGUUGGAAGCAGCAUUCGGCUUUGUCAACCAAAUGGACUGUGGUCUGGCUCAGAAGCCACCUGCAGAGUUCGCACAUGUCCGAAACUUCAGCCUGUUGAAAAUGGCAAGAUAAACUGUUCAUCAGGUGAUACCUCCUAUGGAACUGUGUGCUCUGUGUCUUGUGAUGAUGGAUAUAAAUUGGUGGGGAGUUCUAAGCUUGUUUGUAAAGGAACUUCACACUGGGAUUCAAAGGAACCUCUCUGCACAGAGAUCCGCUGUCCUGCAUUGUACAAACCUACUAAUGUUCUGAUAUUCCCAAUACCUUGUGGACAAGAGCCAGCCGUACAUGGAUCGUCCUGCUAUUUGGGAUGUCAGAAGGGAUUUGCAUUGAUUGGUGUUAAGGAUGAAGUAAGAUGUUUAAGUGGAAAAUGGAGUGAAGAUCUCCAAUCUGCUGUAUGCAAAGAUAUUGAACCUCCUGUAAUCACAUGUCCAGAUGACAUUGUUGCUGAAAAUAUUCAGCAUCAGAACACAGCUCAAAUAAGUUGGGAAAUUCCAGAAGCAAUGGACAAUUCUGGUGAAGAGGUGUCUAUUGAGGUGAGCCCAGCUUUUCUGUCACCUCAUAUGUUUCCUAUUGGAGAAGUAUCUGUUACAUACACAGCGACAGAUAGCUCUGGUAACCAGGCCAGCUGUACGUUCAAUAUAAAGGUCAUUGAUGUAGAGCCACCUGUGAUUGACAGAUGCAGGUCACCCCCAGCAAUACAAACAAAUGACAGCAAACAUGUUGCAGUAUGGCUAGAGCCACUAUUCUCAGACAACUCAGGUUCUCCUUUGAGUAUUAUAAAAACUCAUUCACCUGGAGAUUUUUUCCCACAUGGAGAAACAGUUGUUCAGUAUGUCGCUAGUGAUCCAUCUGGUAAUAGAAGAACCUGUGAGAUUCAUAUCAUCAUUAAAGGUUCACCUUGUGACCUUCCCAUUACCCUCCAGAAUGGAGAAUUUGUCUGUUCCAGGGACAUGGAUGGUGUUAACUGCACUAUACACUGUAAGGAGGGCUUUGAGGUAGCAGAAGGGGCAAUCCAGAAUUUCUACUGUACUUUUAAUGAUGGUUUGUGGAAUCCACCCCAUUCAAUAGACUGGCCUGAUUGCUCUGUGAAGCGUUUUGCUAAUCAUGGAUUUAAGUCAUUUGAAAUGCUGUAUAAGGCCACACGAUGUGAUGACACCAAUCUGCUGAAAAACUUUGCAGAUGCCUUUCAGACAUCACUUGGUAAAAUGGUCCCGUCCUUCUGCAGUGAUGUAGAUGACAUUGAUUGCCGCCUUGAGGAUCAAUAUCAGAGACAAUGUCUUGAAUACAAUUAUGAUUAUGAAAAUGGAUUUGGGAUAGGGCCUGGUGGUUGGGGAGCAGCUAAUAGACUGGACUAUUCUUAUGAUGAUCAUAUUGAUGUAACAGACGAAGACCUAGGCGAAAAGUCUAUGUUUGACAGCAAAGCACCGCUAAGGGUUAAGAGGCACAAGAGGGUGAAUAUCCCAGCCACUGACCAGAAAGUUAAGUUUAUCUUUAACAUAACAGCAAGUGUUCCUUUGCCUGAUAGAAGGAAUGACACAGUGGAAUCAAACAACCAACAGCGACUCCUUAAAACUUUAGAGACUAUAACAAAUAGGCUAAAGAGGACUCUUCGGAAAGAGCCUCUCUACUCCUUCCAGUUUUCUUCAGAGAUGAUUGUUGUGGACAGUAACUCUCUGGAGGAAGGGAAAGCCAUCCUGUUCUGCAGGCCAGGCACUGUGUUGAAAGGACGCAUGUGUGUAAACUGCCCGAAGGGAACAUUUUAUUCUCUGGAACACAACACUUGCGAAAGCUGUUGGAUUGGUUCAUACCAAGAUGAAGAGGGCCAGAUGGACUGUAAAGGCUGCCCUGCUGGCACUUACACUGAAUACCUCCAUUCAAAGCGGUUAUCUGAAUGUAAAGCUCAGUGUAAACCAGGAACUUACUCUUCAAAUGGCCUUGAAACCUGUGAGUCAUGUCCACACGGCACUUACCAAACAGUCAUGGGAUCUAAGUACUGUGUCUCCUGUCCCAAGGGAACAUCAACUGUAAAAAGAGGUUCUGUGGAUGUUUCAGAGUGUGGAGUUCCAUGCCACGCUGGUGAGUUUUCUCGGUCUGGACUGGUGCCAUGCUAUCCUUGUCCCAGGGACUACUAUCAGCCCGAAACGGGGAAAUCUUAUUGCCUGUCAUGUCCAUUUUACGGAACAACGACCAUGACUGGAGCCAGGUCGAUAACAGACUGUUCAAGUUUUGGCUCCAGCUUCUCGGCAGCAGAGGAAAGUGUAAUGAUUCCCAUUUCUCCACAAAAUGUCAACAGCGGAUAUAAAGUCAGCAAUCAGGUUUUUCAUGAGUGCUUUUUAACUCCAUGCCAAAACAGCGGAACCUGUAAACAAGUUGGAAGUGGAUAUACGUGCACAUGUCUUAAGGGCUACACAGGUACAAAAUGUGAAAUCAACAUUGAUGACUGCAAGUCAAUGCCGUGUAGAAACAACGGAAUUUGCAAAGAUGGCAUUGGGAAAUUUGAAUGCCAAUGUGCCGCCGGCUUUAGAGGUUCUAUGUGUGAAGAGAAUAUUAAUGAAUGUGUCUCAAAUCCAUGUGCAAAUGACGGAACCUGCAUAGAUGGUAUACAUAUGUAUCAUUGUCGAUGUGCAAAUGGAUUUCUUGGCACACGGUGUGAAAUUGAAAUAGAUGAGUGUUUAUCAAAACCUUGCUUACACAAUGGCGAAUGUAAAGAUCUGAAAGGAGACUUUCAGUGUGUGUGUCCUUUUGGUUAUACUGGCAAACUGUGUGAACACAACAUUAAUGAAUGUCAAAGUGGACCGUGCCAGAAUGGGGCCUCCUGCAUUGAUGGAAUUAACAGCUUCAGGUGCCAGUGUGUGAAGGGUUUUACCGGACAAUUCUGUGAAGUUAACAUCAAUGAAUGUGAAUCCAGUCCCUGCCUUAACCUGGCUAAGUGUAUAGAUGGCAUAAAUUCUUAUAUUUGUAAAUGCUCACCAGGAUUUGCAGGAAGCAGGUGUGAAACAGAACAGUCCUCUGGAUUUAAUCUGGAAUUUGAAGUCUCUGGGAUAUAUGGCUAUGUCAUGCUUGAUAGCAUUUUACCCACACUGAGCGCCAUCACCUGUGCUUUCUGGAUGAGAUCUUCUGAUGCCACUAAUUAUGGAACACCAAUAUCAUAUGCUAUUGACAACGGCAGUGAUAAUGCAUUUCUACUCACAGACUAUAACGGAUGGGUACUUUAUGUCAAUGGAAAAGAGAAAAUAACUGACUGUCCUUCAGUGAAUGAUGGCAAAUGGCAUCACAUUGUUGUUACCUGGACAAGUACUGACGGGUCCUGGAAAGUGUACAUUGAUGGAAGACUAUCCGAUGGUGGAAAAGGUUUAUCAGUAGGGGCGCACAUACCUGGUGGUGGUGCAUUGGUUCUUGCACAGGAACAAGACCAAAGAGGAGAAGGCUUCAACCCAGCCGAAUCUUUUGUUGGCUCAAUCAGUCAGCUUAAUAUAUGGGAUUAUCCACUAGCUCCUGAACAGGUGAAAGCCUUGGCUAGUUCUUGUCCUCAAAAUCUUCAAAAGGGAAAUGUAUUAGCUUGGGCUGAUUUCUUACCAGGUGUUGUUGGAAGAGUAAAAGUGGACCACAAGAGCAAAUUCUGUUCCGAUUGUCCUGCCUUGGAAGGCUCUUCUCCUCAUUUACGUGCAUCCAUCAGUGAGCUCAAGCCAGGUUCCAAGAUCAGUCUGUUCUGUAACCCAGGAUAUCAAAUUGUGGGAAGCUCCGAACGGCAAUGUCUUAAUAUGGGAGAGUGGGAUCAACCGCUGCCACGUUGUGAAAGGAUCAGCUGCGGAAGACCUCCUCACCUGAACAAUGGAGUAAAUACUGAUGAAGACUUUUUUGCUGGAAGCACAGUCACGUACCAGUGUAAUAGUGGUUACUAUCUGCUUGGAGAUUCAAGGAUGUUUUGUACCGACCAUGGAAGCUGGGACGGCACCUCACCUAUAUGUCUGGAUGUUGAUGAAUGUGCAGUUGGAUCCGAUUGUGAUAAACAUGCCUCUUGCAGAAACACCAAUGGUUCUUACAUCUGUACCUGUAUCCCCCCAUAUACUGGUGACGGGAAAACGUGUUUAGAACCAGUGAAAUGUAAUGAUCCGGGUGAGUUGAAACAUGGCAAUUAUUCUGGGGACCAGUUUGAUGUUGGAAGUGAACUGACUUUUACAUGCAGUGGAGGUUAUGACUUGAUUGGAAGAGUGAGGUUGACUUGUUUAGAAUCUGGUGACUGGGAUGCUGCAACGCCAUACUGCCAAGCUGUGUCCUGUGACAAAGCACCAGUUCCUGAACAUGGCAGCAUUGUGGGAUCUAAUUUUACAUAUGGGAAAACCGUUAUAUUCAGAUGCAGUGAGGGGUAUACAUUAGUUGGUAAUGAAGAAACUGUGUGCCUUGCUGAUGGUUCCUGGAGUCACACAGCCCCAUCAUGUGACUCAGUCACAUGCUACAAACCAAAGGACAUAGCUAAUGGAAAUUUUACAUUCAGUGGCCUUACAUUCAAGUCAUCAGCAUCCUAUUCAUGUGACACAGGAUACAGCUUGCAGGGUCCAUCAACUUUGACAUGCGAAGCCUCUGGUAACUGGAGCAGUGAUGCCCCAUCCUGUACAAUUGUGUCCUGUGGUCCUCCCCCUAUUGUUAGAGAUGCCAUCUCAAAGGGGAAGGACUUCACCUAUGGAAAUGCAGUAACAUAUGCUUGUAAAGAAGGAUACACAUUAGUUGGCCCAGAAAUUAUAAGCUGUUUAUCUAGUGGAAAGUGGAGCGACAACAUUCCACAAUGUAUGGUUGUCUCAUGCGAUGAACCUCCAAAUGUUGAUCAUGCAACCUCACACAGUGCUCAUCGACUCUAUGGAGACACUACAUAUUAUUAUUGCGAUGAUGGGUAUAGUAUGGUUGGUAAUAUUAAAAUGCUGUGUAAUGCUCAAGGAAAGUGGAUACCACCCAAUGGCAUGGAAAUUCCUCACUGCAUAGCUGAUUUUUGUGAGAAGCCCUCAUCUGUUGCUUAUGGGAUCCUUGAAUCCAUAACCAAAGCAAAAUUUGUUUCUGGAACAACCGUCAGCUUUAAAUGUAUGGAAGGUUUUGUACUAAACACAUCAGCCAAAAUUGAAUGCAUGCGAGGUGGACAAUGGAGCCCAUCACCUUCAUCUAUCCAAUGUAUACCAGUCCGCUGUGGAGAACCUCCUGGUACCAAAAAUGGCUAUAUCAGUGGAAAAAACUAUAGCUUUGAUGCCGUGGUAGCUUACAGUUGUAAUAAAGGCUACUACAUACACGGGGAAAAGAAACGGACAUGCCAAGCAUCUGGAGAAUGGAGUGGCCAAUUGCCAACAUGUCAGCCAGUGUCCUGUGGCCAACCACCGGAACUCCAAAAUGGGGUUGUAGAGAACAUAACUGGAUUUGUAUUGGAAGAUGAGGUAACUUAUUCCUGCAAACCUGGGUAUAAACUAGUUGGCAGUAACAAAAGAGUGUGUCAAGCUAGCAAACAGUGGUACAGUGAGUCCCCACCAUUGUGUGUUCUACUAAGUUGUGAGAAGCCGCCACCUAUAAAACAUGGUUCCGUUAAAGGGGCAACUAUUGAUGUUGGCUCAAAGCUUGAAUUUGUAUGUGAUGAGGGCUAUGAACUCAUAGGGGAUAAAAGCUGGACUUGUCAAAAAAGUGGAAAAUGGGACAAAAAAAAUGUACCUACCUGUGUACCAUCAAAAUGUGAAGAACCACCACUGGUAGAGAACCAGUUGGUCCUAAAAGAAAUAACCAAUGAAAUAGGUGUUGUAAAAUUUUCAUGCAGAGACGGCUAUAUCUUGCAGGGCUCCUCUGUACUACGUUGCUUGCCGUCACAACACUGGAAUGAUUCUUUCCCAUUAUGCAAACUUGUUCUUUGCCCUAAACCUCCAGAUAUCGAUUAUGGAGACCCAAAAUCAGUGCCUUCUCUUCAUUUUGGAAGUACAAUUCAAUACUCUUGUAUGGAUGGUUUUCUACUCAGAGGGCCAUCUGAAAUAACAUGCAAUGCAGAAGGUGAAUGGAGUCCUGACAUUCCAAGUUGUGUUCCAGUUGAGUGUCCUCAACCAGAUGAAAUUCUUAAUGGAAUUGUUGAUGUACAAGGACUUGCAUAUCUCAGCACAGUUCUUUACACUUGCAAGCCCGGGUUUGAACUAUUGGGAAAUUCUACGUUAAUUUGUGGAGCAGAUGGUCUCUGGCUUGGUGGAUUACCAAUAUGCAAACCUAUUAAAUGCCCUGCAACUAAAGAAAUUCAAAAUGGUAGAAGUUCUUCGCAGAGUCUUCAUUAUGGACAAACUGUAACAUAUUCUUGUAAGAAAGGAUUCAGACUGGAAGGACAGAGUGUUCUUACAUGCAUGGAAACAGGAGAUUGGGAUACCGAUACCCCAACCUGUAAGGAAAUAGCCUGUGAUCCCCCGCAGGCUAUUGACAAUGGAUUUGUUGAAGGAGCUGAUUAUAGAUAUGGUGCUAUGAUAAUUUACAGUUGUAUGCCAGGAUUUCAGUUGACUGGACCCGCCAUACAAACUUGUGAAGAUUCAGGUUGGUCCAGCUCUACUCCUAUCUGUGUACACACAGAUUGUGGUCUCCCACCGCAUAUUGACUUUGGUCAGUAUACUAGAUACGAUGAGAACAUGGUGCAUGGUGAUUUAAAAAAUGAAAUGUAUGAUGCUCCUGGCACUACUCAACCUCCAAACACUCUAAAAAGUUUUCACAAUGUUAAUUAUUCACCUAAAGAUAGUAAUGAAGUAUCAGAUUUUUUAUAUGGAACAUCUAUUUUAUAUACAUGUUAUUAUGGCUAUGAACUUAUUGGCACACCAAUUUUAUCUUGCCAGGAAGAUGGCACUUGGAAUGGGAGUGCCCCUGUCUGUUCACCUAUUGAAUGCAGCACACCUGUAGCUCCUGAAAAUGGCUUUAUAAAUGACACUGAUAAUUCACUUGAUAGCACCAUUUAUUAUAAAUGCAAGCCAGGAUUUGAGCCUGUUGGUUCAGAAAAAAGCACCUGCUUAUCUAACAAAACAUGGAGUAGUGCAAAGCCACAAUGUGUGCUUAUAUUCUGCAAGCCGCCCAACACAAUUCUAAAUGGAUACAUAGAAGCCUUGAAUUAUGUAUAUAUGAGUGUCAUACAUUACAAGUGUGAGUUGGGGUAUAAAAUCUAUGGCUCAAGCAAAAGAACUUGUCAAGAAAAUAAACAAUGGGAUGGAGAAGAACCUAUCUGUAUCCCUGUGUCUUGUGGACUACCCCCAGCCUUGAUAAAUGGCCUUAUCAGAGGAACUGAAUACAGUUAUGGAGAACAUGUUGAGUAUGAGUGCCAUGAAGGUUUCAUGCUUAAUGGUGACAAGAACAGGACCUGUCUUCAGAAUGGACAAUGGAGUGGAACGAUGCCAUCAUGCUCAGAAAUCAUAUGUGAAAAGCCUCAUAUUAUAGAUAAUGGGGAAACCUUAGGAACAGAAUACAGCGUUGGAAAACAAAUACUUUAUAAAUGUAACCAAGGAUAUAAACUGGAAGGGGCCCCAAAGCUCACAUGUCAGAUAGAUGGGAUAUGGGAUGUUAAAGCUCCACAAUGUGAACCAAUAGAUUGUGGUCCUCCAGAAGAUAUUUCUCAUGGUUUUCUUAACAGCUCAGGCUUCAGUUACAAUGAAUAUGUACAUUAUGCUUGUUUCCCUGGAUAUGAAAUACAUGGAAGUAUAUCACGACAGUGUUUACCCAAUGGUUUAUGGAGUGGAAGCCCACCCACUUGCCUACCUUGUAAAUGUACGAAACCAGCCAUUCAAAAUGCAGUGGUAAUUGGGGAAGAUUUAAGCUGUGGGCAAUCAGUCAAAAUAAUAUGUGAUGAUGGUUUCAAGCUGCUUGGACAAUCCGAACUCAGCUGUCAGUCUGCUGGAAAGUGGAACUCAGGUUUUCCUUAUUGUGGAAAGGUAUCUUGUGGCCCUCCACCAGUAAUUGCCAAUGCAUAUGUUAAUGGAAGUAGUUCAACAUCUGAGAAUGCCAUCAUAUACAACUGUGCCACUGGCUAUGUUAUGCAAGGAAGAUCAGAGCUUGUGUGUACCGUAGAAGGGGAGUGGAGUAAACCCUACCCUAACUGUGAGUUACUUUCCUGCGGACUCCCACCAAUCAUACCCAACACUGUUUCAUCUGGUAUUUCCUAUACCUAUGGAAGCAUCAUUGAAUACCGGUGCCAAGAUGGCUAUGUAAUGGGCUUAGACAUGAUGACAAAAAGUUGUCUGGAGGAUGGAUCUUGGUCAACUGAGGACAUUUCCUGUGUCCCUAGAAAAUGUACAUUGCAGGCUAAUACAAUAAAAAUGAAGGCAGAUUAUGAUAUUAAUAAAACCGUAACAGUAGUGUGCAAAACUGGAUAUACAUUAUCAGGACCAAGUACUUCAACUUGUAUGACUGAUGGUAACUGGUUACCUCCACUGACUGAUGAAGUAUGUUCUCCUGUAUCGUGUGAGAAGCCGGCUGCUCCUGAUCAUGGCGCAGUGUUUGGCACAAGAUUCCUAUACAAAGAUACUGUUUUGUACCAGUGUGAUGCUGGCUUUGAAAUACAUGGACCUACUGAAAGAGUUUGUGAGGCGGACAGCUCGUGGAGUGGAGCCGAUCCUCAGUGCAAACGAAUUUUCUGUGAUCCUCCUGAAACGUUGGAGAAUGGAUUCAUUCAAGGUACAAGCUAUUUUUUUGAAGAUGAACUACACUAUAGUUGCUACCAAGGGUAUGAACUUCAUGGACCGAGCCGUAGAAUCUGUCACGUGGAUAAGCAGUGGCGUCCAUCUCCCCCUACGUGUGUGAGUAUAAUCUGUGGACCUCUCCCAUCUGUCGAAAAUGCUAAUUUCAUUUCCACUGGGAAUACAUACAAAAGUAAUAUCACCUGUGUAUGCAAUAUUGGAUAUCAUCUUGUUGGAACACAGAGUAUAACAUGCCUGGCUGAUGGAACAUGGAGUCUCCCUCUGCCACAAUGUAAAGAGACAAGAUGUGAAAUCCCGAAUCAGUUAGAAAACGGACGCAUUCAGUAUGAAAAUGUCAAUGUUGACAGCACAGUGACGUACCGCUGCAAUGAUGGGUAUAGUCUGCAAGGGGAACAUCUUGCCAAGUGCACAGAAAAUGGGAACUGGAACCAUCCUGCACCUACUUGUAAACCAAACACUUGUUCAGUGCCAUUUGUGAUCCCAGACAAUGCAGUCCUUACAGAAACAAAGUUUUAUGUUGGCCAGAAAUUGUCUAUUCAGUGUCAAAAAGGCUUCCGUCCCAUAAGCCAGGCUGUUAUAACAUGCAACCCUGAUCUAACCUGGACAGAAACAAAUGCCAAAUGUGAAAAAAUAUCUUGUGGACCUCCGAUUCAUGUACCAAAUGCAAUGGUCCGAGGACUGUUCCAUCACUAUGGAGACAUGGUGACAUAUUCUUGUUACAGUGGGUACAUGUUAGAGGGAUCAUUUAGGAGUGUGUGCUUGGAAAAUCAGAAAUGGACUGCCCCACCAUCUUGUAAAGCUGUUUGCAGAUUUCCAUGUCAGAAUGGCGGUGUCUGUGAAAGACCAAAUGCUUGUUCAUGUCCAGAUGGCUGGAUGGGACGGCUCUGUGAAGAACCUAUCUGCAUCCUGCCAUGUUUAAAUGGAGGGCGAUGUACGGCUCCUUACAAAUGUGACUGUCUAAAUGGGUGGUCUGGAUCUCGCUGUCAUCUUGCUCAGUGCCAGUCACCUUGCUUAAAUGGAGGUAGAUGUGUGAGACCAAACAGAUGCAAUUGCCCUCCAAGCUGGUCAGGACCUGACUGCUCUAGAAAAAGAAAGAAUGGGUUUUCUCCUUUUUAGCAUGCCAGAUAAUCCAUUUCAUCCAGGAUCUAAUCUGGAGUGCAUUUUAGUUCAUAUGUGAAUGCUAUAAUGUGAUAUACUUUCUUAUGCUUGUGUAUUGUUUUUUUUUUUGUUAAGUUCAUCUAUAUUUUCAUAUGCACAUGUAUAUUAAUAUGCUGCUCAAGGUCAAAUGCUAAUUGAAGAGGGUCAUUGUAUAUAUUUUCUCACCAGUUUACUUAAAUAUUAUGUAUAAUUAAAUGUAUUUUACUGCCUAAGGUAAAUGUAUGGAAUCCACUUUUGAUGGCAGAUAAUUAAUUACUGAGCACACUCUGCAAAAUAUUAAUUUGAUGAAAAGGUGUAUGUGUUGCCUAUGUUAAUAUAUAAUUUUUUGUUGAUUUAAUGCCAAGUGUAAGCACAAAAGCUGUAUUUUUGAUUAUUGUGUAAAUGUGUUGUAAAUGUGAGUUAUACAACAAACAUAGCUUACAUUACAUUUUAUAAUAAAAAGAAAUAACUCC